AUGCUGUCGCCGUCGCAGGCAGUGUUGAGUGAAUUUCUCGGAUAUUCAUCGAUUGCCUGCUGGCUAGGGGCACAGUUUCCCCAGGUUCUUGAGAAUAUCAGAAGCAAUUCGUGCGAAGGGCUAGCUCUCCCCUUUCUUGCGAAUUGGCUCAUGGGUGACAUCUCCAACUUGGUUGGCUGCAUCCUCACCCAUCAGCUUCCAUUCCAGACUUAUCUGGCCACUUAUUUUGUCUUCGUGGACUGCACCCUUGUUGGCCAAUACAUUUACUACACUAUCCGGAACCCACCUUCACACGUCCGGGCACGCAGUUUAAGCCGUCGGAUGUCCGUCGACAGACCAGCCUCUCGCUACCGCACCUUGUCUGUCGUAGCCACCAGUGUAGCCAAAGCAGCUGCACUAGCUGCGCAACGCGACGACCACACUGGCCUUCCACGAAGUCGAUCGGUGGCGCGCCUACACACCAGCCAGGACGGAUACCCCGAUACUUCACACAGUCGAGUGUCGAGAGAAUCAGACGAUGAAAUAGAUGACUCCACCUUGGCAGCUUUAGCAGAUAGUUUUCACUCCGAAGGUGGCCGUCGUACACGUAUUUCCUGGAGCUCCGAACGACACAGAACUCGAGGUGGUAGCAUUGGCCGAAUACCCUCGCGGGGUGCUCUCCCUGCAACAUUGCAUAUGUCUGUCCCUUCCGAAGUCGCUGAGUCUCUCAUCCGGGGCCGAAGUCUACAGCGAGAGGCAGAGGUGGAUCUAGACCUCUCACAAGAUCCUGAACCUCGACGCAGAAGCUCCCGACGAGGCACCAGCAUGGUGUUCUUCGGUGUCUGGGCUUUGUUCAGUGUGGGUGCACUUGCUGGAAGUGAACGGCAUUUGCCACUUACCAGUACCACUACGAGUCAUAUAGGAAACGUGGUCGCUGCACGGGGGUUCCGUAUUCGUGAUCCUCAAACCUACACACCUUUAAUGGCUUCUGAUGUUCCCACAACGUUCGACCCCGUGCACAUUGAUACUGACGUAUACGUCUCAACCUCUGAGCCGCCAUAUCAUCAGAUCCUCUUUCAGCCGUCUAACGAACGUGUUCUGGGUCGCAUCUUUGCGUGGUUAUGCACCACUUUGUAUCUGACUUCCCGGUUGCCGCAGAUCUGGAAGAACUAUGUCAGGAAAUCUGUUCAGGGUUUAUCGAUGUAUCUUUUUGUUUUCGCUUUCCUCGGGAAUUGUUUUUAUGUUGCAUCUAUCGCCACCUCCCCUAAUGCCAGGCUCCCGCCGCCUGCCUCAACAGACUUUAUCAAAGAGAGUAUACCAUAUCUUUUGGGCAGCGGCGGUACACUCCUUUUCGAUAUCACCAUCGUGAUGCAAUCCUUCGUCUACGCACCAAAGUCACGUCGUAGGAGCUCUUCGGUUAGCAUUGAAGAGGACAGAAGGUUGCUGGAUGGAGAUGCACUAACACAUGUGCGAUAUAAUAGUAAUGAGCUGGGAACGCCACCAGAACGGACUAUGUCGCAGCCAUCAUCCUCUCGAAAGCCUCAUCCAACUCCAGCGAUAUCUGAACCGACCCCAUUCCAGCUGCGCUCGCUCGUACUCGAUUAUCUAUCUCAUCAAUGCUAUACCCGUACCGCGCUUGCCUUCGCGGAGGACAGUUCCGUCCGGCACCUUGACGCAGACGGCGACGAAGUGAUGCAACCGGCUGACGGGAGUUCCAGUCUACCUGAGCUGUCGGGGGAGGCAUGGAAGCAGGCGGACCAACGAGCAGAUAUACGACGACUGCUGCUUUCAGGAAAGGUGGAUGAGGCUACGGAUCUACUCAACACCCGUUUUCCCGCCGUUCUUAACAUACUAGCAGAGUCUACUAAUGUCGAACCGCCAAUGUCGAAUAGCCUGACAUACGUGGCUCCUACCUCUGUCGAUCCCGCCCAUCUUCUUUUGAAUUUGCGCAUACAAGCUUUCAUUGAAUCAUGUAGAACAGUACCUUUGGAGCAUCCUCCCGCCCAAACCGAAUCCCCGCCUCCUAAAUCGCAAAAACGAAGUUCUCAAGCUCUUCAGGAAGACGAUCCCGAAUCCCGCGACCAGCAAACGGCACUGCUGAAGAGUGCUCAAAAGCUGUAUGCCCUGGCGAACCAUCUUCCAUGCAUCGAAGAUCGGGAAAAGUACGUCAAGGAGCUGCAGAAUGUACUUAGCAUUCUUGCAUACAUUGUCCCAGAAGAAAGCUCGGUGGCCAAAUAUCUCAGUCAGGAGAGGCGAGACGCAGUCGCCGAGCAGAUUAACAGCGCAGUACUCUAUAGGACGGGUCUCAACGCUAUAUCACGAGUGGAACUGAUAGUACGGCAGACCUCUACUGUUUGGUCCCUUGCUCGUGACCUGCAUAUUCCGUCGCAUUCGAGUACAAUCCUGCCGCCAGGCGCCAAGGCGUCCUUGGUGUCGAAUAACUCCGACAAGGGCCAGGAGGUAGGAUGCUUUGUCUGUGCUUCUCAAGCUGAUAUGCUCAUGAUCGCGUUACAGCCCGUGCCAGUGUUUGAUCUUUCGCAAUUCUUAGAUUCGAGAGCAUGA